AUGAUUGACAUGGAUUUUAUCGAAGAGGAGAGUGAAUUGGAGGGGACAUUCAAUGCAGCAACAAAAUAUGUGGAGGAAAAUGUGAAGAAUUUCACUCAGGAGCAGCUCUUGGAGCUCUACGCUUGGUACAAGCAAUCAACGGCGGGAGAUUGCGAAGGAAAUCGCCCAGGAAUCUUACAAAUGGCUAAGAGGGCCAAAUGGGAUGCUUGGAAUAGAGUGAAGGGAACCCAAAGAGAGGCAGCUUUGGAGAAAUACGUAGAAAUUGUGCGAAAAAACGGUAAUUUUUCGCCUUCUGAAGUCUCAGGAUCUAAAUCAAAGUCUUGGGUCUCGGUUUCCACGCAAAAACCCGAGGAUGACGAUAUUCAAGAUGAGGACAAAACAAUCUACGACCAUGUGCAGCAGAAGAACUUUGAGAAGUUCGUUGAGGCGCUCGAGAACUUCGAGGAUGUAAACAUUCUGGAUGAAACUGGAUUGAGUGUUCUGCACUGGGCAGCCGAUCGAGGGCAAAGUGAGAUGCUGCGACUGCUUCUGAAGCGUCCAGAAGUCAACGUGAAUGUGUUGGAUGAGGACGGACAGACACCUCUACACUACGCCGCUUUCUGUGGCCACCCAAAGUGCGCCGAGAUGCUGUUGGACGCGGGAGCCGACACGAGUAUCAAGGAUGACCAGGAUCAAACGUGCCACGACGUCGCGUGCGAUGACAACAUUCGCUUCCUGCUGACCAAGUAAAUUCACGCUUUCAUUAAAUCACUGAAAUUUGUCUAUUUCACAACUAGAGAAUACAAUUGUGUAGAAA